AUGGAUAAGAUACUAAAUUCAUUUUUGUGUUGCACAUUUGGCUCUACACCAGAACAUAAGUCGUCCACCUCCUCAACAAGCUCUUCCAGAAACACCUCUGAGACGAAUAAUAGAGUUGACUCUAAGAAUCCUGAUCAUCAAGAUGAGGUGGAUGAGGCCAACAUAGAUAAAAUGAAAACAAGCAACUCACAAACAAUAGUUUUACAACCAGUACCAAAUAAUUCGAAUGAUAUGACUAACGAAAAUAACACCGCCAGUCACUCGCCAGCUCCAGUAACACCAGUGACCUCAGCGCCAAAUGAAUUUCAAGCUAGGGAGAAUCUGAAGCUGAAGUCUGCCUCACAAGAAGCCUCCGGCGAUAACAAAGAUGAGGAUAGUCUGGAGUCAAACGAAAUCCCGGAUCGUCAGCCGCCAAUAAUUUCGAGCAAGGCUUACGAAGAAAAUGAUGUAUUUAGUGAAGGUUUUGAUUUGACUGCCAUGCAACCUGACCAAUCUGUUUCUAAGAGUGGUUGGUUAUUGGAAAAGAAAAGCGCAGAGUUCAAAAAGAAGAAGUGUUUAGUUUUAGAUUUGGACGAAACUUUGGUGCAUUCCAGUUUCAAGUAUUUGAGAUCCGCUGACUUUGUUAUCCCUGUGGAAAUAGAAGGGCAAGUUCAUAAUGUUUACGUAAUAAAGAGACCAGGAGUUGACGAGUUUAUGAAAAGAGUUGGUGAAAUAUAUGAAGUGGUGGUAUUUACUGCUUCGGUAUCCAGAUAUGGUGAUCCUUUACUUGAUGAGUUGGAUAUUCACAAAAGUGUGCAUCAUAGACUUUUUAGGGACUCAUGUUACAACUACCAAGGUAACUACAUUAAGAAUCUAUCACAAAUCGGAAGACCUCUUAGUGAUCUAAUCAUCAUUGAUAAUUCUCCUGCCUCAUAUAUUUUCCAUCCUCAGCAUGCCGUUCCAAUUUCGAGCUGGUUCUCGGACGUUCAUGAUAAUGAAUUGUUAGAUUUGUUACCAUUUUUAGAAGAUCUCUCUAAAUCUGAUGUGGAUGAUGUUAGUUUGGUUUUAGAUGUUACAACUUGA